AUGAAACUUACUUCUAUACUUUUUGUCACUCACCUCGCGUCUGUCUUUGCGCAGAUCGAUCUAUACGAAUAUGGAAUCAAUGCCACAGCCCUUAUCUCAGACGGAUGCACUUCUGCGUUGAGGAAAGAGCUAGACUGUGAUCCUUUUCUUGUUACACUUUCCAUGUCGGACUACUUUGGUCAAGUGGGCAAUGAAACCUUCCAAGAUCAAUUAUGUGAUGAUGGUUGUGGUAACGCAUUAGAGGCAUAUCAUUCUUCUGUGAAACAACAAUGUGCUGGUGAUGUCGAGCCCUGGGAUGGAGUCCCUGCUGUUUGGGCUGGAGAUGUCUUAUGGUCGACAUGGAACAGGACUUGCCUGAAGGACCCUAAGACUAACACAUACUGCACCGAUGCGAUCGGAGACAUCCAAACAGUCUUAGGUGACAUUGAUACGGCCUUGUCGGCAGUAUCAAAAGAUCAACUAUGCUCGACAUGCGUGUUAGAUCUGAUACAGCAAAUGCAAAAGACGGCGUAUUCCAACUACGACGAGCAGUUGGUGGAUGAAUAUGUCAAAAUCCAGGACAUAUGCAACACAGGGGCCCUGCCCACUGAAGUGCAGCCCCCGGCUACCAAUAUGACCGCCAUCCCUGGCAUCGACUACUCAACUCCCUCUAACGCCUCGUGCCUCUCUGGAAACUUCUACUCUGCCAAGUCCGGCGAUGACAUGCAGUCCAUUGCCAAGGCCCAGAAAGUUCCCACUGGCCCGCUGAGAACGCUCAACGGGAUCUUCCCAGAUGGAUCGAACUUGCUUGCUGGACAGAAUUUGUGCCUUCCACGAGCUUGUCCUGUCUAUCUAGUCCAAGAUGGAGACACCUGCAACUCCAUCGCUGAUUCCUACGAUCUCACCAUUGCGGAUCUCAUAAGCUAUAACCCAUCCCUUAACAGGGCGUGUUCGAACCUGAACUCCGGUGAUAAUGUCUGUGUAGCCGCCUCCGGUCAAACAUACACACCAACCACCAUUCCUGGUGCCACUGCUACAAAAACAGCCCAAUACGCAUCUAGCACUGUCGCAGCAGCCGGUCCAACAGGUUAUGGAACCACAAAUGAGUGUGGAGGCUAUUAUCCCGCUGCUGAUGGGGAUAACUGCGAACAAAUCUCCCUCAUAUACUCAAUUAGCCUUGAUCUUUUCCUUACAAUCAAUCCAUCAAUCAACGCAGCCUGUUCAAACCUGUUUCCAGGUCUGUAUUACUGCGUCUAUCCGACCGCAAAUUGGAAUGCCACUACCAAUGGAACAACUACGUCGACAUACGUGACACCCCCUGCUCCCACUCCGACUGGGACGACCUCCGAUUGCUACACUUGGCAUACUAUCGUCGGUGGGGAUACUUGCUCGCUUUUGCAGAACGUGUACGGAAUCACAUUCGCGCAGCUUCAGACUUGGAACCCGCAACUUGAUGAGAAGUGCUCCAAUUUGCUCCUUGAUGCCGCUUACUGUGUUCGCGGCGAUACAGACACGACCACCACUUCCACCACAAAAACAGCUGGAACAACAACAUCGAAGACCACGACCACGACCACGACGAACCAGCCGACACAAACCUCUAUUCCAGCCCCAGGCCCGACUCAAGAUGGAGUUCCCAAAAACUGCAAUAGCUGGGUUAUGCAAAAAGAAGGUAAGUGGUCUGUAAUCGCUGAUUGGACUUGA